GGGCUGGCAACACACGUUUGAUUACCGUAUGUAAACAGCAGCAGGAAAAGUUUUGUGCAAGGACUCGUUACAUUUUAUUGGCUUUGUGCAUUGUGCAACUUGGUGGCACAACAACAGCCGCUGCUGCUGUUGCAAGAGUCACAUGUCUAAAGACGCCGUGAAGGGGUCACGUCCCCCACCGAAACCCCUUCGAGGCAAACGAAAGCCAACGGCCACGCCCACCAGCAUACUGUGUGAACUGAUGCGCCUCAAAGCCCAACAAAAGUAUCUCGAAUGCAAUCAAAUCAAAUUGAAUGCCAGCAAUUUUCUCGACGACCCUGGCGAGGGGAAGGACCAAGACGAGGACGAGGACGAGGGCAUCAAGAAUGCGAGUCCAGCGACAAGUCGGAGACCUUCAAGCGGUCCCAAAGUCGCCGGUCUCAUCAAUGACAUCGAUCGCCUCAAGCUUGAACUGGAUGAGAAGCUGCAAAAGCAUCGCAUCGAUAAACGUGGCCAAUUGCAGGACAUGUGGCAUUACAUGAAGACCCUCAAAGACGAUGUCUUCAAGCCGGAACGACUCAGCCAAUACACGGUGAAUGCCGUCCGGGAGCGAAUCAUGGGCAUCAAUGUUCAGCUGGAGCGUCUCAAUGACCAGAACUCCAAGGAGCUCGAAAUGUUGAGGCAGGAGUAUGAGAAAUUGGAACAAGACAAUGAAUUUGUGUGGAAGGGUAGCAUGUAACAAGAU